UACACGUCAAAGCAGAAGCAGGGUUUUUACUUGUUGGCUUAGGAUUGAUGAGUUGAGUAUUUGAACGAAGGUUCUCUGCUGGAUUGGAAUUGACGAAAUACUUCUCAGGGAUAUAUAUGUUUCUUGAGGUGAGCCUUCCGAAAUCAUUUUCAUCUUGUUGGUAUUUUCUUAACUAUGUUCAAUUUUGUAUGCUAUUGUAGAAUAUUGGCUUAUGCAAGAAAUUGCUCAAUUGAUGCCGUUUCAAGUUUAAUACGAGCCCAUAAACAAGAACUGCAUUUUCUUCAAACCCACCAGCCAUUUUCAUCAUCUUCCAUCGUAAAAACUUCAGAAAAGCGGUCAACAGUAGUUUCUUACUUGAUUAACUCUUGUGGGCUGUCUCCAGAAAGAGCCAUUUCGGCCUCAAAAUAUGUUAACUUCAAAGCCCCAGAAAAUGCAGACUCAGUAGUUGCAUUUUUCAAGAAGCACCAUUUUACUGAUGUUCAAAUCUCAACUCUUAUUUAUGGCCGCCCACAAAUUCUCUCAGCCAACCCUGACAAGACCAUUUUGCCCAAGUUGGAAUUUUUGCAAUCUGUUGGGUUCUCAAGCUUUGACAUUCCCAAGUUGGUAUGUGCAUCGCCGAGAAUACUUCAUAGAAGCUUGAGAAAUCGUCUAAUCCCAGUUUAUAAUUUCCUCAAAAACCUGCUCCAUUCCAGUGAAGAUGUUGUGGUUGCUGUUAAGCAAUACCCAGAGGUUCUACAGCUUGACAUAGAGAAUACUGUGGCACCUAAUAUUCAGAUUCUGCGAGACAUUGGUGUGGGCAAAUCUCAUAUUCUGUUUUGUUUAAAAUGUGCACCGCGUGUAUUAGGCAGUAGUCCUGACAGAUUCAAGGAAAUUGUAGAGAGAGUUAAGAAAAUGGGUUUUAAUCCUCAAAGACAAAGCUUUGUUCAGGGAGUUAAUGUGAUAGGGAGAACAGCUUCUUCAACUUGGAAACGCAAAGUUGAGGUCUAUAAGAAAUGUGGUUGGACUGAGGAAGAGGUGCUGGUAGCUUUCAGGAAGUUUCCGCGUUGUAUGUUGGCAUCAGAAAGUAAGAUCUUAGGAGCAAUGGACUUUUUGGUACGAGAAAUGGGAUUCAAUCCUUCAAUUUUUGCAAAUAGACCACAUCUCAUUUCUGUCAGCUUGAGGAAGACACUUAUUCCCAGGUGUUCAGUUGUUCAAGUUCUGCUCUCAAAAGGUUUGGUAGACAAGAACUUUAGCCUGCAACUGUUGCUGGAAUGCCCAGAAAAUCAAUUUCUUAAGAGGUUUAUCAUACCCCACAAAGAGGGAGCUCCUGAGCUGUUGAACUUAUAUCAGGAAAAACUGAAAAUUCCAAAUUGACUGGCGUAAAGCGUGCAAGUAGACUGGGCAAGAGAGCAACAAGAACAUGGAAACACAAGAUGGAGCGGUUGGUCUGAGGAAGAAGGGCUGGCAGCUUUAAUGACUUAUCCACUUGAAAUCAGAAAUGAAGAUCAAAGCAGUUAUGGAUCUUCUGGUGCAAAAGAUGGGAUUUGAUCCUUCCGUUUCAGUGAAAAAGCUGCAGAUUAUUUCUUUUAGCUUGAAGAAGAGAAUUAUCCCAAGGUGUUUAGUGAGGUUCUUUUAGCAAAGAUGCUGGAACUUCUGGAAAAAUUGUUCCUUGAAGAUUUUUGCUGCGCUGCCAUAAGGAGGAAGCUUCUGAACUCUUUCAAGCUGUAUCAGGAAAAACUGAAAGUUUCAAAGUGACUAGCAUAGAUAGAACAACUAAAACGUGUGAAUAAGCUGAAAUCCAUCUUCAGAUCUUCAUUGAUUACUGGUUUCUAUAAUCUUGGGAUGUCCAUUAUAUAUCUUCAUUUGGCUGCUUCAAACUGUCUUCGACACUUUCAUCUUCUGCUCUUUUCUUGCGUCCACGUUCUCUGGACUAUAUCCUCAACUAGUGUGUAUUCUGCAAAUUUACUGGCAGAUAAAUUUAGUGAUCAUUGUACCCCUUUACUUUGGUAUCUGGUACUAGUUUGGGUAAAGAAGUAUGUUCCUACGC